UGAAGACGAGGCCCCGCCCCCCCGAUUUGUGGCAUAAGGAGCGAGCGAGGAAGGUGGAAGCACACCUGUUGGAGGAAGCUUGACGGUUUGGGACUGGACUAUUUGACGGACCGACAAUAUUUUCUUUGAGAGUCAGCGGCAGCAGUAUCAAAGGUGAAUUGAAAGGAACUUGUGUGAAAAUGGAGUUUUACGAUAUAAAGUCCUCAGCCGCACUGAUUUAUGAUGAGUUCAUCCAGAAAGCAGACUCGCGGACGGAGAACUGGCUCCUUAUGUCGUCUCCUCUCCCCCAGACGAUCAUCAUCGCAGCGUACAUUUACUUUGUCACGUCGCUGGGGCCUCGGAUAAUGGAGAACCGCAAAGCCUUUGACCUCAAAGGAGUCCUCAUAGUCUACAACUUCAGCGUGGUGGCUCUCUCGCUCUACAUGUGCUAUGAAUUUGUGAUGUCGGGAUGGGGAACAGGAUACUCUUUUCACUGCGACCUGGUCAAUUACUCUGAUUCACCGCAAGCUAUAAGGAUGGCGGCAGUAUGCUGGCUGUACUACUUUUCAAAGUUCAUUGAGAUGUUGGACACAGUCUUCUUUGUACUUAGGAAGAAAAAUAGCCAGGUGACAUUCCUUCAUGUCUACCAUCACUCAAUCAUGCCAUUCACCUGGUGGUUUGGAGUUCGGUUUGCACCAGGCGGUAUGGGAACAUUCCACGCCCUGCUGAACUGCGUUGUCCAUGUUAUCAUGUACUCUUACUAUGGCCUGACUGCCAUGGGCCCCAGCUACCAGAAAUACCUGUGGUGGAAGAAAUACCUCACCACCAUUCAGCUGAUUCAGUUUGUUAUGGUGACCAGCCACAUCUCUCAGUAUUUCUUCAUGAAGGACUGCCCGUACCAGUUCCCUAUCUUCAUCUACAUCAUCGGGCUGUAUGGCCUGAUUUUCCUGUUCCUCUUCCUCAACUUCUGGUACCAUGCCUACACCAAGGGCAAGAGGCUGCCUAAAGUGCUGCAGGCUCAGACAUGGGCACACCACACCAAUGGAGUUAUGAAUGGGAAUGCCAGUCAUGAAAAAGAUGAGUGAUGCAAGACUUGGCUCACGAGAGGGUUUCAGGGUUGACCUCAUUACAUAAGCAAACCACUGCAUUCUGAGGUUCAACCCUUAAUUUGUCUGGACUGUAAUUUUUUUUUUUUUUUUUCGAUUGCUUACCUACUUGCAGCUGCAACAGACAAUCUUUAAAUUAUGACCAAAUGCAUAUUUAAGAGAUUUAUUGACCCUGAGAUGAAGGGUUUUUUUUUUUUUUUUUUUAAUUAUAUUGUUUACACUGAAGAUAAAACUCAAGUCCUGUUACUGAAACCUCUAAAGGUACCUCCUCCUUUUUCUCCUACAAUUUAGUUUUUUUUAUAGUUUACUUGUCAAAAAUCAACUCUGCUACUCAAAAAUGAUGACAGGGCUUUGCCUAUGGUAAACCCGCAGGGCCCUCAGCUGAACAGUCGGUCACUGGGCCUCCUCUAAUGCUGACAUCAUGUUUUAUGGUCAACUUGAUUGAUCUUCUCAGAAGCCUUUAAGGAAAUCCUUUUUUUCUUUCUUUCUUUUUUUAAAAAAGUUGCACACUGAAAAGUUGAGGGUUGUUUAUUUCACCUGCUCUAAUAUGAUGUUUACUGUUCUGAGUCGACGUGAUGUUUUGCCUACACAUGUUAAAUGGUUACAUGCAUGCAGAACAGGGCGUUUUGUUUUUUAGUUUUGAUCACGCAUGCAUGGCCACCUCUCUGUAGCUUGAGUCACAGCCACUGCUGAUUGGUGCAGACCCCCACGGAAAAGAGCAGUUUUUCCUUCCAGUAAAGUCGAUUUAUUCUCCUGACUUUAACAUUGUCCUAUGAAGUGUUGGUGUGGCCAAGAUCCCAGAGAGGAAAGCCCGCUGUGGUUCUUGUAGGAUCCGGAACAGAGCUUUGCUACUUCACACUGAGGCAUAUCGUGAAAUAACAGUUUUUACAGGACCUCACUUCGCCCAAUUGUGUGGUUUCAUUAUUGAGCCAGACAAAAUACACAAGCAGCCUUGCACAUCUGCUUUUAAGUAUUGCGCUCCAUGUGUUGAAGCUAACAUUGUCUUCAGAUGGAGUCAGGCAGUGCGUUUGGACUAAGCUCUGUGGGAGUAGUUUUUUUGUUACGAUGAUCUUAAACUGAACGGUGAAUGUAACACUCUGUUUCCUUUUGGUGACUGAGGACACAGGAUUGAGCUAGGCAUCGGGCUGGAAAGAGUUCCACUUUUUUUUUAUUCGGGUGCAAGCCCAUGUUAACACAAGAUUUACAGAAAUGAUGCAUACAAAUAGGUGUUGUUACUGGUUGUUUUUGUUCAGUUACACCAAUGGCAAUAGUAAGUAGUAUAAGAAAUGAUGUAAUAUGAAAUGUUGUUUAUAUUGUAUUUUAUAUGUAUUUAUAUAAAAUAAACAAGUGAUGUACUAUGAA